AUGGCCUUCCAGAAUGGAUCGUCCGAUGGAUUCAUUCAUACCUUGCCGAUCGCAAAGCCUUCGUCAAAUGUCCUCGAGUCGGACAAGCUGAUGUACGCAGACGACCUGAAAGUGUUCCGAUCAGUUAGCUCGCCUCUCGACAGCUGUGCACUCCAGCAAGACAUCGAUCGCCUGUUACGCUGGUGCACUGCCAACGGAAUGGAGGUCAACGUACAAAAAUGCAAAAUCAUAAGCUUCACGCGCAAACGAACACCUCUCUUGAGUAGCUACAGGAUGGGCCAAAACGAACUUGAACGGGUGAACACUAUCAAGGACCUGGGUGUGACGAUCGACAGCAAAGCGUGCUUCAACGAACAUAUUGCACUGACAACAGCGAAAGCUUUUGCCACCCUCGGAUUUCUUCGUCGAAAUGCAGCUGACUUUGUGGAUCUGUUCGCGCUUAAAACAAUCUAUUGUUCGCUAGUUCGGAGUCAACUAGAGUACGCCGUCCAAGUAUGGGCACCUUACUACGCCGUGCAAGCUGAAAGGAUCGAACGGAUUCAGCGAGCUUUCACCAGAUUUGCUGUGCGACGCCUGCCAUGGGUGCGGCCUCAAGGACUCUCCUCGUACGAUGACAACUGUGAGCGGCUUAAACUCCUGCGCUGGCAUCACGACGAGUUCUACUACAGCGAAUUUAUACUGCAACUGCUGCAGCUGCCAAAGUGA